UCACCCUCUCUCUCUCUCUCUGUCCGCACUCAGUUGGAAUCGGUGCGGAGCGCAAUACUUCUUUUUGGAGUUAUUUAUGCGUCUUACAUUUGUUUGAAUUUGAGUGUUUCAGUUAAAAGGAUGACUUCUCGUCGCUGACAGAUCCACGGAGGAGUUAAUUUGUGGCGCUGCUGGGAUACUUGGAAAGUAUUUGGUUAUUUUGCAAAUCCUACUUUUUCUCCUGCGGAUAUUAUAAAGAAUAAACAGGAGGUCUCCGCGCGGUUCCUGCAGGAACCUUUAUGGGCAUAUUGGAGUGAUUUUCCUCUCGGAGCUGGAGGAGGUUUAUUAUUUGCCCUCAUCCAGAGCAGAGCUGGUCGGAGGGCAGAGGGGAGCUCGAUGCGGCUGUCUGGAGACCCUGCACCGGGAACCAUGACCAGCAGCAGCGGCUCGGGCAACUUCCUGCUGGUCCCCAUACCGGAGUACCCUCUGCUGGACUGUGUGCCCAACAAGACCGUCAAGAUCGUGGUGCUGGGGGCGAGCAACGUCGGGAAAACCGCUCUGAUUGUCAGGUUUCUGACCAAGAGGUUCAUCGGAGAUUAUGAAGCAAACACUGGAGCGCUCUACUCCAGAAAGGUCACGCUGGAUGGGGAGGAAGUGUCGCUUCAGAUCCAGGAUACUCCCUGUGUCGCUCUCCAGGAUGAUGCUGAGGGCCUGUACUGCCAGGAGCAGAUCAACAGGUCAAUCUACUGGGCAGACGGUUACGUGCUGGUUUUCUCCAUCACUGACCACAACAGCUACCGCACCAUCCAGCCGCUGUACCAACACGUCCGACGCAUCCACCCCUCUGGAAAUAUACCCGUUAUACUGGUUGGCAACAAGAGCGACCUGCUCAGAGCCCGACAAGUGCCGGCAGACGAAGGCGAGACGCUAGCAGCCUCGCUAGGAGGUGUUUACUUUGAGGCCUCGGCCAGAGAGAACCACGAGGGAGUCCACGCCACCUUCCUACAUCUCUGUCAGGAGGCAGCAAAAAAAGGUCUGAUGAGCCAACUUAACAGCAUUUCCCCUCAAGUGAUCCGGGCGCUGGGGGGAGGGAACGGGGAGAAACGAAGAGGAGGCCUCCACCUGGCCAGACCCAAAUCUCCCAACAUGCAGGAGCUGAAGAGGAGGUUCAGGCAGGUCCUCUCCUCCAAAGUCAAGUCAUCCACCACUCUCUGAUCGCAGGAUGCGACCAAAACAUGGCAACAUGGCAAAGAUCAGAGCUUCCCUGGAAAUAAAAGGCUGCAGUCCUUCUUUGAUGGACGGCUGAAGAAAAAAAGAAGAAGCCUCGACAUCGAAGACUUUUAAGUUUGAGAACUGAAGCCGUUAACGGCCUGAGAAGUUUCUGUGGUGAUCAAAGCAUUUUAAAGUUUUCGUCUUCAGAUGAAUGAAGACAAAGACUGAAUGGAGCUUUCUGCAAACUAAGCUCGUGGUCAACAUGACCUCUUCCCAGGAUGCUGCUCACAGCGAACAUGUCCUAAACUUCUAAACAAAGAGUCAGAAACUUGGCAUGUUUACAAUGAAGGACAGUGAGUGGGUCAGUAAAACCUCACUGACGGGGUCACUGUUAACAAAUUCAUGCCUCAGUUUUCUUGAGGCUGAAAAGUCACUCUCCAUACAUCACGACAAAAAGGGAAUUUAAUGCCAAGACAAGACAAUUUAAUGGAAAAAUGUUUCUGAUAUCCUGUUAUAAAACACAGUCUCAUUUAACUACAUUUUAAAUAAAAAAUAAAUGAAUAAA